AUGGACGGCGUCUAUAAAACGUCCCAAGUUGCAGACGAUGGUGGUGGCAGUGUUUCUGAACCGCCCCAGACCUCUACUAAUCGAAGUCUUCCUCGACUUUUGAUUCCUAGCGAAGAGGUGCCACUCCCUCUAUCAGCACGCAUACCGUCACCGGCGUCGCCAUCCAAGCUAAGUCCGGUGCCGAGGUCACCAAAGCGCAAUCCCGGGGACGAACCGGUACUAGACUCCACUCUGGAACGGAAGGACGAAAGGGAAGGCCUGAUAGAAGAUACGGAAACUUGCGUCUUUGGGAUUUACCGUGACCGACGGCGCACGUACAACGUCCUUGCCGACCUUGCGAUUCAAUCAGUGUCCGAAGCGCCGCGUACGCCUUCGAGCCGUUCCUCUCCUACCGUCUCACCGCGCUCGAGUUUGCUCAUUUCUUCUGCGUCUAUGUACACACCGGACUCGAGGCGGCCUUCCCCGACUUGCACAGGUGCUGAGACGCCUGUCUUACGAUUGGUCUCGCAGAUUAACACGACGAGCCAAGAAUCACUUGUAUUAACAACAGAUGACUCGGAAGGGGCUGACGGAAGCUCUGGAAGUCAUGGUACACGGCCUUCUCCACUCACUCCGGACACGUCUCCUCCACCUUCACCUAGUUGCGAAAGCGGAACAUCUAGACAUACGUCUAUGACCACUAUGACGUUUGCUCCAAACAUUGUUGGCGAAAGAGGCAAAUCGUUAGACGUCACGAGGGACAUAUCCAACGACGUUAAUACCACGAAGACAUCGUCACCUCCUGAAUCACCGUCGGUUUAUUCAUUCGAUGAAGCAACAUCUCUAAGUUGCUAUUCAAGUGGGAGUAUGACGCAGAGUGCUACAAGCACGAGUGUAGUCGGUGUUGCAUUUAAGCAAUCGAACGGUAUAGGUGUUGCAGUUACCGGAGGAGUUGGACGCACAGAUGGACUUAAUGGGUAUGGGCGUGUACAAAUUGUCAAUAUUGCUGGGCCUGAGUCGGAAGCGCGCACGAGGUAUUCGGAUGAGCGGCAUGAGAAACCAAUUUGUACGCAUUGCGGGUCACCAUCACCGCCAAGAAUGGCAAUUUCCCAAUCAAAGGUGUACGAAGACUAUGCUUAUAAUCAGUAUAACCAACGGACUCGUGCACCAUCUAUACCCCCACGACCAACGACGUCCAGUGGCAUAUUGCACCGUCUACAUGCAUCGCCUUCCAUUUCGAGCACGAUGUCCAGUAUGUCAAAUACGUCGUCUGAGAAGAACACGCGAAGCAUUAGUUCGAGUUCCGGUGGUGGUGGUUUCUUCUCAAGAGCGCGUUUCAGAUCAAACAAAAAGAGUCAACCAUCUCUAGUUCCUACUACACCUACACCACCGAAUACCCUCGCGCAUGCACAUUCUAUCGCAUCAUUUGACCAUCGUGCAGUCCCGUUUACGCCGGCCAUCCCAACAGAAUGGCACGUAGGUGCUGUUCCGUCUCCUCGGGAAAAUCCUCGCGAAGUUAAGAAGGCCGCAAAGGCAGAAGAAAAGCGACGAAAGAAAGCAGAGGAAAAGGCUCGCAGAGAGGCAUUAGCCGCACAGUUCAGUCAAGCGCGAAAGAAGUGUAAGGAUGGAAAGAGUGCUUCUUCGAUGACAGGUUCAAGUGAGCGAAGACGAGGGGCAAACGAUUGGCUCGAGGAGACCGAUGGGAUGUAUGGCAGUGCGAAUUUGACAUCAUGGGGAGGCUUGUAG